AUUUUGUUUAGUUGUUUCAAUUAAAGAUGGCGGUGUGGGGUGCUCUGUUUUUGUUGGCUGUAGCUGGGACCACGGUGUAUGCCGAUCCCAGUGAGCUCGCUUUCCCUGAAGAGGCAAGAGGUGGAGCUCGUAUCGUAUCAGGAUGGGAGGCACAAGAGGGUCAGUUCCCUCACCAGCUCAACAUCCGUAAUGUGAACCCAGCUGGAGGAGUGACAUCAUGCGGUGCCACCAUCAUCCACUCUGAGUGGGCUCUUACUGCCGCUCACUGCACAGCUACCCGCGUGACCAUUGUCGUUCGUGCUGGUGUCGUCAACUUGACUCGCCCAGCCUUUAUCUUCGAGACUACCAAGUACUACAACCACCCUCUGUACAUCGAAGCUCUUCAGUCUAUCGUACAACCGAACGAUAUCGGUCUUAUCGAGCUCGGCAGAUCUAUUGAAUUCAACGACUUUGUCAAGCCCAUCAGGAUCCAACGUUCUUCCGCGAGCAACACUAACUACGGUGGUACCAGAGCCAUCGCCAGCGGUUGGGGACGCACUUGGACUAACGGAAACUCUCCCGAGAACCUAAACUGGGUCUACCUCUCCAUCGUUACUAACUUACAGUGCUCGGUAGCUUUCGGAGGCAGCUGGAUCAUCCAAGACUCUACCAUUUGCGCCGGUGGUUACAAUGUGACCAGUCAGUCUACUUGCCAGGGUGACAGCGGUGGUCCCUUGACCAUCAUUGAUGACGAUGGCGGACUCACCCAGGUCGGAGUUACCUCCUUUGUAUCUGGGUCUGGAUGCCACACCGACUUCCCAGCUGGUUUCAUCCGCCCUGGCUUCUACCACGCCUGGUUCACUCAGGUUACCGGCAUCAACUUCGACUGGGAGUGGUCAAAUACUACUCAGCCGCCAAUUAACGUCACCACUACUCAACUGCCACCUAACAUCACCACUACCGAACUGCCACCUAAUAUUACCACCACGGUAUUGCCACCCAAUAUCACCACCACGGUAUUGCCACCCAAUAUCACCACCACGGUAUUGCCACCUAACAUCACUACUACCGAGCCACCGUCUAACGUGACCACCACCACCGCAGCUCCAGACUCUUCAGAAUCUUCGGAAUCUUCAGAAUCUUCGGAUUCAUCUGAUUCUAGUUCAUCAAGUUCUAGUUCUUCCUCGUCUAGCUCGUCAUCCAGCUCGUCAUCCAGCUCGUCAUCUAGCUCAUCCUCUAGCUCGUCAUCCAGCUCAUCAUCAUCUUCUUCCUCUAGUUCAUCCAGCUCUUCAAGCUCUUCCUCCUCGUCGGAAUCUUCUGAUUAAACUCCAAGAUGCUCUACUUCAAUAGCUCAAUUCUAAUCAAUACCAUCAUACCUGCCUAAAAAAAGGUCUGCUAAUAAAUAAUUGAUGUAAACAAUAUCUGUAAUUACCAACACACGCUGUGAAAUGAUUCUCUUCUGUACACGGAAAAUUAAAAUUUGAAAAAAUUAAUGGACUGGUUUGAAAUUUA